CUCUGACAGACAUGUCAUAGGUUAAAGGUUUUUGAAAAUAAUAUUGAACAGUUCCCAUUAAAAAUUUGCUCUCCAGUAAACAUGAUAGAAACUUUAAAAAAGUCAUUAAUUCCUGAAAGAUGUUACAAAAAUUCAAGUAUUUUUGGUUUUUAUAUUGGGCAAGUAAUCGGAAAAGGAGCCUACAGCAAAGUCUGUGUAGCUACUCGCUGUGGCACUAAUCAGAAAUCAGCAUGUAAGAUAAUAAACAAGAACAACCCAGUUGAAGAAUUUAUCAAUAAAUUUGUUGCCAGGGAACUGGCCAUUAUCCGAAUGGUCAAGCAUCGUAAUAUAGUAAAAGUGUAUAAAAUUGUUGAGGCUCCGAGUAAAAUUUAUGUUUUUAUGGAGUUUUGUGAGUUGGGCGAUAUUUUGGAAUAUAUUAAAGAGAAUGGACCCUUUACGGAACAAAAAACUAAGGUAUUGUUUAAGCAGAUUUUGGAUGCUGUACACUACCUACACAAUUUGGGUAUCGCGCACAGAGACAUCAAAUGCGAGAACAUUUUUUUAUCCAACGUUAACACGGCAAAACUAGGCGACUUCGGAUUUGCCAGACAUUGCCAGACCAAAUCGGGCAAAUCUAUCCUCUCAGAUACGUUUUGCGGAUCAGUAGCGUACGUACCUCCCGAAAUGCUGCAAAAGAAACAGUACGAUCCCAAGAAGUGCGACGUUUGGGCUUUAGGGUGCGUCUUGUACAUAUUUUUCUUCGCUCAAAUGCCUUUUGAUGAUGCCGAUACGAGGCGAAUGGUCAAAGAUCAAUUGAAUCGCAACGUCAAGCAUUUGGAUUGGUGUUCUCAUAAUUUGGGAGACUUAUUACUUAGGAUCUUGGAGCCGGAUGUUCACUUAAGGAUAACUACUGGUCAAGUUAUGCGUCAUCUGUGGUUGUAUUCUGUAAAAUGUAAUGACAAAAUGAUGAAUAGGCCUUUUGUCUCUUUAUCUGAUAGUCACUUGAUUUGAAAAUUUUGCAAUUAGUUGUCUAACAUUAUGAAAUAUAUUAUAUAUUCCAA